CUGCUUCGAUGGAACCAACAGCAUAAAUUUUUACUAAAUAUAGGUUCUUAUAUGUGCUACGGUGUAACCCUUUAGAGAGUUAGCCUCUCGGGUAGCAGGUGUAGCACUCGUACGGGAAUCACAAAAUCCCGGGCGUGAGCACUCUCAACUCUCAUUUCCUCUCUGAUUACACCGUGACUCGGAUUGUAUUUAUAAAAGUGGUUUUAAGAGAAUCGUGUCGUUUUCAAUGUAUAAAACUGACUCCGAGUUAAGCUCUAAACGAAUAAAUUCCGGAACAUGUUGCCGACACGUAAAAGUAUUUAAAAGAUAUUUAUGUGAUAAAUAAGAUCCGUUGCUUUUCAAUAUCCUGUAGUCAACGCGUGCAGUAGUAAAAUGGCUGCCGAGAAACGUCAAUACAUUUUGUAUCAAUAAUAGUUUUUAGCCUUACAAAUCAUCGCCGUGAGGAGAUUCGCAAUAAAACGGAUGCCGUUUAAUUAAUAUCUUCAGUUAUUUUUUUUUUGAUAAUCGUGUGUAUGAAGGAGCGCGUGUGAACCGAAAAUGGCAGAGUUUGUGCGUGGAGGGCCGAGUGUGUCGAACAGUGCUAAGAUGGAUCAUAACAGCAAAGGAGGAUCUCCGAGUACUGGUAGUGAAGAUGGAGGACAGAAUGAAUCUAUGAAUGCAGAAACUGAGUUUGAUCCUUUUCUUGAGAAUAUACCAGAUGAUAUUCAAGACACAGAAGAACCAGACAGCGCCAAUGCAACCUUAUUAACAGCUCCUCCAGAGAACCAGUGGUAUCAUGGUAGAUUAGAUAGAUUUACUGCGGAAGAAAGAUUGUGGGAUGCUAGUAAGAUGGGUAGUUAUCUAGUACGUGAAAGUGAUAGGAAGCCUGGAAGUUAUGUAUUGUCCUACUUGGGCAGAACUGGCAUUAAUCAUUUUAGAAUUACUGCCGUAUGUGGAGAUUAUUACAUUGGAGGGAGACAAUUUAACAGUUUGUCAGACCUUGUCGCUUAUUAUACUCAUUGCUCAGAUCUUUUGAAGAGAGAAAGACUUAUCCAUCCUACUCCACCGCCUGAACCAGUGAACGAUAAGAAGCGAAUAGUUGCAAUACUGCCAUACACAAAAAUGCCCGACACAGACGAGUUAAGCUUCCAGAAGGGUGACAUAUUUUUUGUGCACAAUGACAUGGGAGAUGGCUGGUUGUGGGUCACUGCGCAUAGAACUGGCGAACAGGGCUUGAUUUUCCGUGAAUUAGUGGAAGACUUGGAUGAUUCCAUUGAUCCUAACACUGUAUUCUCUUGGUUCCAUCCUAACGUCACUAAGAGCGAAGCUGUUGAUAUGUUGGUCAAAGCAGGACCUGGUAGCUUCUUGGUCAGACCUUCGGACAAUAGUCCUGGGGAUUAUUCGCUUUUCUUUCAUAUAAACAAUCAAAUUCAAAGAUUUAGAAUUGAAAAGAAAGGUGUACGUUAUCUUAUGGGCGGUCGAACGUUCGAAUGUCUGGAUGCCGUUAUAAAUAGAUACCGGAAAGAGCAGAUAGUGGAAGGUCAUACUUUAGUUCAAGCAAUGGUAACUGAACCCGAUGGUAGCGUGAGAGUUAACAGAGAGGUACAGCACGCAGAAAAAAUAUACGCGACUCUGAGAGAGUGUCGCGAACAAUCCGGGGCAAAGAAAAAUAAAGGAAUUAAGAUGCAAGGAUAUCUGGAGAAAAAGUCAGAAAAGAACAAAAAGUGGAAGGCAUUGUAUUUUGUACUUUUAGUAGACGCGACCGAUACUCAUUUGUAUUUGUACGACAAUCCAAAAAGGACCAAACCUAAAGGUCUUAUUGAUUUAAGCUGUGCAUAUUUAUACCAGGUUCAUGAAAGCGUGUUUGAUAGGCCUCAUUGCUUUCAAUUAGUUGAACGUGCUUUACCAUGUUUGGCCACGAUAACAUAUUUGGCUGCUCCGAAUUCCGAGAAUGCUUUAGACUGGAUUAAUGCCUUGAAACCAUUAUGUGUAUCACAACUUACUCGUGCUCCAAAGGUUGCCCGUCUCCGCGAAUUGCGUUCAUUACAUCUGCAUAUACUAGAUGCACAUAGACUUCCAUACAAACUAGUACCGAACCCAUUCAUUAUAGUGGCUCUAAACAAUGUAAAAGUUGCUCGCACAAAAGUUAAAACCGGAUUACAUCCAAUUUGGGAUGAAGAAUUCAUUUUAGAAGAUGUACCACCAGAUGUUAUGUCGUUCUCGUUAACGUUAUACAAUAAAGGAAAGCGUAGUAAGGAUACGGAAGUGGCUGAACUGACCGUAGAAUUAGCAAGUUUAACAAAUGGUGAGGAAAUGGACGAAUGGUAUCCGCUGUCAGGGCUUACUCCAAUAGGCGAAUGGGGUGUGCUCCGUUUACGAAUAAGAUACCGCCAUGAUCUAGCAAUGCCUCCAGAAGAAUAUAGUCCGUUACAGCAAUUGUUACUAGAUCCAGAAUUGCAUGUUGUCAGGGCAUUAGCAGACGUAUGUCACUUGGAUAGAGUACCAUUGGCAAAUAGUUUACUUAGAAUAUUUAGGCACGAAAGGAAAGAAGCAGACCUUUUGAGAUCUUUGAAUCAAGCGGAGGUGGAUAAGGAGGACGAAACGCCAACGCUCUUUAGAGCUGCUAGCCUUACAACCACGUUAAUGGAUUUAUACAUGAAAUCAGUUUGUACCUCGUUCUUGAAAGCGGCAUUACGCGACACUAUAGUGAAAUUGAUUGAAAGUAAACAGAGCUGUGAAUUAAAUCCAACAAAAAUGGAUUCCCCGGAGGAUGCGUGCAGUAACGCAGAAUUUUUACUACAGGUUUUAGAUGAAGUGACAUUGAGCAUUUUCACAAGUCCUGACGCAUGUCCAAAGACGCUGAGAUAUAUUUGCGGAUGUUUACAAAGGGCAGUUGUUGCCAAAUGGCCACACGAGAGACUAGUCAGAACGCGGGUAGUCAGUGGAUUUAUAUUUUUACGUUUACUUUGCCCUGCCAUAUUAAAUCCUAGGUCGUUUAAUUUAAUAGCUGAACCACCACCUCCAGCUGCUGCAAGAUCGUUAGUAAUGGUGGCAAAAUGUUUACAAAAUUUGGCCAAUUUGGUAGAAUUCGGUGGUAAAGAACCGUACAUGGAAGUAGUCAAUCCGUUUAUUCUUAAAAAUAAAGAGAGAAUGGUGGUUUUUCUCGAUCAGUUAUCUAACGUAACAGAGAAACCAGAAUCUGAAGGUGCCGAUCCACGAAAUAGGACCUGUGUUUCAGAUACAGCAAGAGAUUUGGCAACAUUACAUCAUAUUUGCGUUUCUCAUUUAAAAGAGUUACAAGUCUUGUCUAAAACACAGCCAACAAUAAAACAAUUGGUGACAGUGACUGAAAUGUUAAGCAAACACAAACAAAAAUACAUGGAAAUGAUACGGUAGUGCUAAAGCCAUUUGCCAUGAAUCAAUGCCAAACGUAACAAAACAAUUCAUAAUUUGACGACAGAUACACAACAGUAGUAUCUAAUAAAUAAUCAUAAGUGGUUUAACUAAUUAAACGUACAGACUGACGUGCCAUAUACAUAUAUAUAUACAUAUUACUGUAUACACAAGCCUACAUUUACCAUUUCGUAUGUAAUUAGGAGAUAGCUUAUACGUAUAGUAAACAAUACCAUGACAGUGAUAUAGUUACAUACAGAAUCAUAUAGGCGUAUAACGAUUUUAUAUUUACUUAGGUGCUCGAAAAUAAAUGAAAUUAAAGUAAA